GGGACCUUUGGAAAGUGGCACUCACACUCAUUGGGGAUCGGGGUCAGCGGGUUAGUAGAACUGCUCGGUACCGAGUCCGUUCUCGCGGCACUCCGCACUCGGAGAGCAGACUCCGCAGCGUUGACUUGGACCUGGGUCCCGAUGGCGCGCAGUCGAGUAAUGAGUCUGCUGUCACUGUUGUUGGCAAUGUUAUUCGUAGCACCUGCGAUAGCUGAAUCCAAGUGCCUCUGCCAGGUUUCAGGCUGCCUUUGUUGCGUUGAACUUAAUCUUACUACAUCAAUCGAUCUAGGAGGACCUGCUUGCAUUAAUGUGCAUCAAAACGAACGUAACGUUUCUCUCAACUUGAGUUACGCAGACAAUUCCUUACACAAUGCAACUAUUGCCCUGGAUAAUGCUGCUCAUAAGCCGACCUGCAUGAAUUUGCUUUCUGAUUUGGCACAAAUCUGUGCUGAAUUUAUUUCCAUGAAAGUACCAAGUCAAGAAGAACAUUCUUAUCAGGGCUGUCUUAUUAUACAACCUGCUUUAUUAGGUACACCACAGGCAACAUAUCCUGUGGGUUGCUUCACUUUCGACCGAGUUUUAAGACAAAAACCAGGACAAGAAAUCGGACAUGAUGAGGAUCAAGAACAAGAAGAUGAGGAAGAGGAUAAUGAUUUAAAUGCAGAAGAUUUACUUGCUGCUGUAUCUGCAAGUGCAGAGCAAGGAAUUGUUCUAUUUUCACAGUGGUUGGGAUUAAAUUUAUCACCAAGAAUAAAUGUUACAAAUAGCAAUAAUAAUAAAGAACAGUCUAUAAAGUUUGAGCGACCUAUUGGUAACACGAAUUAUACGACCAGUAGGCAUGGUCGGACUAUAGCUGUUCUACUUGAAAAUGAGGAUAAAAGUGACGAGAGAUUUAAGCAACUACUUAGUGCUCAAGAUAAUAUUCUAAAAGAAUCAGCGACUAUUGGUGAAUCAUCCAGUAAUUUAGCGACUACUUUCUUUUAUUCGCAACCAGAUGUUGACGAAGCACGUAUAUCUAAUUUAGAGCCAAGUGCUCUAAUUUCUCCGGAAAAUCUUGCUGUUGUAUCUUCUGAGUCAAGACGAGGAGGUCGUGCUUACAGUAUCCAUCAACAUAUCAAUGAAGUAUAAUGCAAUGUUUUUCAAAUCAUGUUUAGAAAUACUUAUAAUUUUAUAAUGGAUUUCUUUUCUUCAUCAGCAGUAAAGUUAUCGUCAUUGCUUAUAUUUUU